UUCUAACCCCAUGUGAUCGACGGUGUCUGAUCCUCUCAUAGGAAAAACCCUAGCCCAUCUCCACUCGCUCUCUUUUCUUUCUCUGAUCGGCAAAUAGCAUGCAGAUCAAUUUGUAAUCAGAUCCGCUUCCCGUUCCGCAGCUGAAGCAUGGCUUACUUCUCCAGGCCCCGGCUAAGCUUGGCCCAACGCCGAUGCUUCUCAUCCAUCCUAAACCCGGAUUCCAAAACCCCUCUCACCAGCAGAGAGAAGUCCCGGGCCGCCCUCAAGCUCCUCAAGUCCGAGAAAAACCCAGAGCGCAUCCUCGAAAUAUGCCGCGCCGCCUCCCUCACCCCCGACUCCCCCCUCGACCGCAGCGCCUUCUCCAUCGCCAUCUCCCAGCUCGCCGGCGCUAACUACUUCGAGGGCAUCCGGUCCUUCCUCGACGAGCUCAAGGCCCGCCCAGACCUCCGCAACGAGCGCUUCUUGGCCUACUCCAUCGUCCUCUACGGGCGAGCCGAUUUGCUCGAUAAUGCCCUCCAGACGUUCGACAAAAUCCCUGACUUGGGCGUUGAACGGACCGCGAAGUCUCUGAACGCGUUACUGUUCUCCUGCAUCGUCGCGAAGAAUUACAACGAGGUAAAGCGCAUUUAUCUUGAGUUCCCGAAGAAGUAUGGGAUUGAGCCGAAUUUAGAUACGUACAACACUGUUAUUAAGGCGUUUAGCGAGUCGGGUUCGUCUAGUUCGGGGUAUUCGGUGAUAGCCGAAAUGGAUAGGAAGCGUUGUAGGCCAAAUGCGACGACAUUUGGGACUUUGAUUGCUGGGUUUUACAGGGAGGAGAAGUAUGACGAUGUUGGGAAGGUUUUGCGAUUAAUGAAGGAGUAUGACAUAAGUCCAGGGAUUAGUACAUAUAAUAUUAGGAUUCGGAGCCUGUGUAAGCUUAAGAAAUCUAUGGAGGCCAAGGCUUUGCUUGACGGGAUUGUGUCAAGGAGAAUGAAGCCUAACUCUGAUACCUAUUACCUUUUGAUUCAUGGUUUUUGCAAAGAAGGGAAUUUGGAUGAAGCAAAGAACUUGAUGAAGAAAAUGGUCAAUAAUGGGUGCCAACCAGACGGUGAGUGUUACUUUACCCUGAUUUACUUCCUGUGUCAAGGUGGCGAUUUUGAGAGUGCAUUACAGUUUUGCAAGGAAAGCUUGGCAAAGGGCUGGGUUCCUAAUUUCACGACCAUGAAGUUACUUGUCAAUGGACUUGCAAGCAUUUCAAGGGUUGAUGAGGCGAGGGAACUUGUUGGGCAGAUGAAGGAAAAAUUCCCAAAAUUUGCCGACAAAUGGAAUGAAGUUGAAGAGGGUUUUCCCAAGUAGAGAAGACAAAGUGGUAUGUGUCAACUUGCCUAGGGACCUGAUAAUAAAAUUGAUGAUUAGGUCGAUAUUACUAGAAAUGGCACCCCCCGACGGAUAUUUUUGUUUUGUUUAUUGAAUUGUUAGUCUAUUGCUAAUGUUCUUGUUCGUCACAUUUUUAAAUGAAGAUGGCCUUAUCAGUGAAAAUGCUUUUGUCACCUUUUGA